GAGAUUAUAGUACUUCCGGGGGUAUGUCAACAAGAAAUUUUUGACCAUGGCAUGUGAUGUCGAUGAGCUAGACAUAAAUCCUUUUUUUCGAGCUUUACAGACAUACUUCUUAAGCCUGUAUGAAAAAGCGCAAGCAAAGUGCUACACUAUCUGCAUCCCCCAGGCAUCAACAAUACAGGAUUCAGACAUAAACCUUGAUUUUGCAAAAACUCAUAUUCUACAGCCUUCACCAUAUUUUAAAGGCCAGCUUCUGACAAGUCACUCUUCUCACAAAAGGUUGGUGAUAGUGGAUGACAGCGGACAAUAUCUCAUCACUUCCAAAGGUUUUAAUACUCAACAGAGAAAGAUUAUCAGUGAGGAGCUGGCUUACAACAAAGAGUAUAAACAGCACAAGAUUUUUAUUCUAGAGCAGCCACUGGACCCAAAGUUUAAGAAGCAAUGUAGCCAGGAAGGGAAAGAUUAUCAUAAACUUCUCCCCUCACAUGCCUCGCUGACAGAAUUUAAAGAAUUCCUUCAAUCUCUUCCACAAUGCACAAAGGUUUUGGAAAAGCUAGAUCAAGGUAUACAGCUGUUCAACAGUAACUAUAUGAUAUUAACUGACUACCUGAAUGAUGCUGUGACACGGUUAACAAAUCUUUGUGAGGAAGGCAUUAAGGACUGUCUGCAUAAAUUAGAUCAUAAACUUACAUCUGACAUAAAAUUCAAGGAUAUAUUGACAGCAGCAGUAGAAAGCUAUGUGAUGGGAGGUGUCCAUCAAAAGGUUUUUCGAGUUCUUUGCCAGCACCAUUUAGAAGAAGAUAAGCAUCUGUCAGCCAAGAUCUGCCAGCAGGUGUGUGAUGUUACACCUCAGGAUCUGAAAGUGUCUCCUGAUUUUAUCUGCCCAUUACCAAAUGCUGUGAGAGCCAUGCUGGAACUUGAGAACCUCACCACUCCUCUCGAGAAACUGACUUGUCUCAAGUCAGUGAUAGACAAUAUCACUGCUGGCAUCACUAACCAUGUUGCCCAGAAAAAAACACUUCAUCUGGCUAUUUCAACAGAAGAACCUUGCUUGACAUCUGAUGAUCUGAUUCCCCUGCUGGUGAGUGUAAUUGCACAAGCAAGCAUGGAAUCACCAUCCUCUUGUCAACACCUUCACAGUAACAUCAGUUACAUGGAGAACUUCACGCUGGCUUCCACUACCAAGGACCGUGAUGAACUCAGUUAUUGCCUGGUAACAUUCAGAGCAGCAGUGCAGUUCAUUGCUUCGUCUGACUUUUCUGAGAAUUCUCGCAAGAAGCAGAAUGGAGUAAAAAAACUGACAAUGGCCAAGCAAAGCAUGUCAGUGUCAGAUGGAGAUGCUAGCAGUAAGAAUGGCAUUUCUAGCCCAGGCCACGUCUUAUCUAGCAAAAGAGACUCUCCUGUUACCAUCUCUCAUUCAACUACACCACCACCUACAAUACCAAGCGGUAGACAAGAUCGUCAGAGAUCUCGUGUAUCUAAAGUUUUGCAGGAAUCAUCAGCAAUUUCAUCACCAGAACAAGAGGGAUCAGAGAUGAAGAGUAUAUUUGGAGGAAAACACAGUGUACCAAUCCUUGUUAAUGAGGGCAGACCACAGACACAGACACCAGUGCAGUUAGGGGACUUCUUAUCAGCCCUUCAGGAUGAUCUGUGUGACCAGACAUUUGGCAAACAAGCAUAAAUGAAACAGUUGCUGCUUUUCAUAGAUUAUUGUAGCCCUAUUUUCUCAAACUACCCCCUGAAAUUUAGGGUUUAAGAGGGUGAGGAACAAAAAUGACAAAAGGUUGAAUUGUACAGUGUUAUUUAAUACUUUUGUUGUAACUCUUUCCUUUUUUUGAGGUGUGACAAGAAAAGGGUAGAAUAGAUCACCGGUGUUUUCUCACCAAUUCCUUUUUUUUAAAAAAAACCAACAAAAUUAUAUGUUCGCUUGCAUUUGUAUGAGAGAGCAAUACGUUUUUAUUAGAUAACCAUUUGACAGGAAUUUUUGUAUGUCAGAAGAACACAAAUUAAAAAGUAAAAGAAGGAUUACUUUUGCUAUUUCCUUUAAGUUUCUUUAUUCUAAAAUUCUCAAGUUUCACUAUCUGCAUAGAAUAAAUGUGUGUGGGAGAGAGAAUGGGUGAAGGGAAGGAGGGAUAAAAAGCCUGUAAUUGUGAUUAGCUAAAUGUAUAAAUGACAGAAAUGUAUGAUGGUCCUCACAGUACACUAAGCUCAGAAUUCCUACAUGUUAAUCUAUAUUGUAUCACUUGUUUUGUUGGAGAGAAAAGUUGUGUGGCUCUUCUUACAUGUUUUUGUGCAAAUGUGUGCGUGCUUAAGUGCAUUUCAGUAGUUGAUAAUUUAAAGCCAUUGCAGUAGGUGCCAGUAACUGGUAGAAGUUGGUAAAUGAUACUGUUUUGUUGUAAAUGGCUUACUUAUUGAAACAUUGUAAUUUUGAUUUAGUUUGAAAGUGGGCUUAUUUUACCAAGAAUGAGAAGAAGCAAAAUGAAAAACUUUUUUUCAUUUUAUACUACAUAAUUUGUUAAGAAAUGAUGUAUUUAAUGUUGAAGACAAUCAAGAGAUAUUUGAUGAAAUACUUCCUGUCGACACCAGUUGCCGCCCACUCGUGGUGCUCAUCGUGGAGUUCUUUUUCCAGUCCCACCUUAUAUUUUGGGUGUUCUUAUUUAUUUAUUGCAGUUGGAAGUUUAAACUAGUAAAUCUUUAAAAUAAGAGCACUUAUCGAAACACAAGAUGUAAUUUUGACUGUCAUACAGCAAAAGCCUUGACACAUAGAUACAUGCACCACCUUCACCUACUGGUGGAACUGUCAUGAAAGAUGUCUUUGUGGCUGCUGGAUGUAAAAUUUUAUAGUGUGUGUCCAAGGUGUGUUUAAAUCUGGAAAUCUCUUGUAUGAAUGUGUGAUCUAAUAGUUCAUGUUAAGAAAUUUUUUUUAGAAAUGGAAUGUAUAGUAAUUUAUUAUAAAUAACAAACUUAUUGAGCAUGUGGUGAAAGGAACAAAAAGUUUUGGCACAAUAGUACAGCUAAAUAUUCAGCUGGUUCAAACUUUUUUCUGAUGAGACUGUGAGCCAAGGUUGAUGACUUUUUUGAGAAAUUGUAUAAGUUUACACAAUAUUUUUUGUGCUAGUGUUUAUUUGCACAAAGAAACAAACCUUUUUUAAAAUUUUAUUUUAUUCUUCAUUAGAAGCUGCUUGUGAUGUUUCAAAUCACAAAAUAAUCUACAUAUAUGUUGAACUUGAUUUAGAGAAAUGUAAGAUGUCCUAUUAAAUGACAGAAAGUAAAGGAUUUAGAUGCCCACUACGCCAGUGGUUGAGAAUGCAGUAUGAGCCACAUACUUGCUGAAUGUAUCAGUAUGGACAGAUUGCCUGUUAGUGACUAAAUCCAAAGAGAUCAAGGGCAAUUUAUAUCUGCAUCAAAAAAAUAUUCAAGAUCACUGGAGUAUGGUUUGGACAGAAAUUUGUAGAUGUUUUCUGUUAUUGAAGACUGGUUGUUUAACCAUAAAUUCCUUUUCAGGUGAAGGUAAAAAGUCUUGGAGUCAAAUGUUUCUCAUCUGCGCCCUGUAGUGGAACUUUUGCUGGACCAUGCAUUACAUGAAUUCUUUACAAAAUUUAAUAUUUUCCAUGUAUGCAAUGUAUGCUUCAUAGGAGUGUCAUCAGGAUUAUGAAAUAAAAUUUGCAGACAGUAAGCUUCCAAGAGGUAUAUUUUCUGGCAAAAUUCUGACAGUUUUAGCAGUCGGUUUUUGGGCAGAGGGAGGGGCCUUAGGUCUACAGAGCUUCAACAGAGAGCAUAUCGUUUGGUUUCUUCACUCUGCUUAAUAUUUUAGUCAGAAGCAGGUGACAUCACCCAUGUAUCACACAUCUAUGCCAGUAGUGUGUGCAAGGUUCACUUUAAGACAUGAUUUUUAUUGAAGUUUAGCAAGAUAUUUUGUAUUAGCCUCGGAGCUCAAAGAUUUUUGGCAGUUGUUACUGUGUAAGCUGUCAAGGUAAAAUGGCUGCCUAUAUAUAAACGUAAAUUUGAUAACUGUUAAUCAAAAACUUAACCUGUCUACUAAUAAAUUAUGGCCAUGAAACUGU